AUGACUAAAAGUGGGUUCAGAUCUAUCCUUUUGAAAUCUUCCAGAGAGCUCUACGCUGCCGUACCAGGCAUCAGAAAAUCGCUUUUGGGUCAAAACGCGAAGCAGUUUGGUGAACGAUUUCAUCAUCUUCAAAAGAGGAUUUCGCGGCAUUCUUCUCUGGCAAGUCUAGAGGGAACGGAGGUGGACGAUGAUGAGAAAUCUGAAUCUACAACUGCACCAUCCGCUACUCGAUCGCAACCUGGACAGCGAUCUCGAGAACCUUCUGUCCAUUCGGAAAGUGAAGACGAAGGCGAACCUCGUAUUCCCAUGGGGGGCAUCGCUAACACACAUUUUCAGGCCUGCUUGAAAAUUCUAAAAUUUCAUCUUACAGCAAAGAGUAAUAAAUGUAUCAAAUGCUCCACCGGUUUCUCUCAAAAGGGGCAAAACUGGCGACUGGAACAUCAAACAGGGGUACUUUUUACCAGUACACAUUCGGGAGGACUGGUAUCGUGUGUAGAUCCAGUUAUGACGAAGGAUCACGAAAAUAUUUGGUUAGCGAAUCUCGGAAUGAACUUAAAGGAUAGAAGAAAGUGA